CUCGGGCCUUCGUCCUUGAGAUCCCCUCCAAACAGUACUCCCUCCCUUCUCUCCGUUUUUGCAAUCACGGUCGCUACAGCAUCAUUCAGAGCUCUUUCCGCUCCAGUCAUUCGUUAUCACGCAAGAAACACGGCCUAACCGACUAUUCAUCUUUUGUGAAACCCGAAAAUGCGUCAAUCAAUCGCACUUCUUUCAGUCUGCGCUUCAGCAGUCCUCGCACAGGCUGCCGACCAAAAUCAAUUCAAAUUCUUCUUCCCCAGCGGCAGUGACGGCGUGCAGCCAGUCGCCAAUGUCGAAAUAGUUGAUCCCGCAACCACUGUUGCCCAAAUCGCCUGCCCAACCGGCGUUGAUUCCACCGAAUGCGGAUGGGGCAUGGGGCUGGAAUACACCGUCAUCUCAACCACGAUCUACAAGGCGACUAUGAAGGAAGAAGGCCGGUUUACCAUGAGCUUCAGCUGCAAUCAUGACACUGCGAAAUCCGAGGUUUCAUGCGGAGUCACUCAAACCGGCGAGCAGUACACAGGGGCCACGGAGCUCGUGCUUGCUGGGUCCGACAUCGCGUUUGCCACUGCUUCGAUUACUGGCACCACCACCACCAAGAAUGGGCAAGAAAAUAUGCCCACGGGAACGGCUUCUACGGGUGCCGGGGCUUCUACUUCGGGUGCUGGGACUUCUGCUUCGGGUGCUCAGGCUUCUGGCUCGAAAACGACUGGGCCAGCAGCGCCUGGGAACACUGGAGCUGCGUACAAGCCAGGCUUUGAGCGCUUAGCUUUGGUGACGCUGGCUGGUGCUGCUGUUUUGAAUGUUUUGUGAAGUGGGAUGCAUUUGAAAUGCGAGAGCUCGAGGUCCAUAUGUACUGCAAAGCAGUGUAGGCGAGAAGCCGUAUUGGUAAUGGAUAAUCUGGACUCUGAAGAGUCUCUAUGCCCCGAAUGCGAUCCAUCGGCUUAAUCCUUAAUUAUCUAAUAUUCUCUCGAAUUGAUGUG